AUGAAAUUUAGUGCACUCCUCUUCUGCACUGGCUUAAUCGCCUCUGUAAUUGCGGGCCCGGUUCCCAACGGUAGGAGGGAUGGCGAGAUUGUUGGAUACUUUAAUUCCAAAUCCUACCAUGAAGAGGCAGAAAAGGCCAAAAGAGAUGGUGAAAUGGUUGGAUAUAUUGAUUCCAAGUCUUACCGUGAGGAAGAUGCGGCAAAGCUCAAGAGGGACACUGAAAUGGUUGGAUACAUUGGCUCCAAGGCUUACCACGAGGAGGAGGUUUCCAGCAGCGAAUAG